ACUCAUUGUCAAAAAAUAUUUCUACGUUCAUCGUAAAAUUGCCAUGAAUUUGAUGAGACAAUUUUGUGAAAAUUAUAAUACACCCCCAACUAAGUUUCCGGAACCGCCCAUAAGACCGUACUCACUGAUUUUUCUCACUGUUUACCAUCUCGCAUUCCUACGACGGUUCGUUAGGGCCCUGGUCAUAAUAUUGUCGUUGUUGGUCUGCGUUACAGUACAGCAUUCCUACGUUUGCCUUUCGCGAAAUCCUUUUGGUGAAACAUCAGACGUCGAGGCCAUCAUUACACAUGACAGCGCGAAAGUCCAAUGCAAAAUGCACAGCUGCCCGGUGGCGGCAACAUUUAACGCUUCGUCUGUACACUUGGUCUUUAACGGCAAAAUCAAAAUUUCGAUCAAACUUCAGGAUCUUAAAGAACAACCCUCAAUUAUGUACAGACGUUUAAGGGUUAAAUGCAAACGGAACGUGUACGUUGUAACGGGCCAGACAACUCACGGCUCUGCUGCCCGAGAAUCGAAGAUUGUUUACCGUUAA